GAUAAGUCCGUUGGUAUAUACUCGUUGAAGAUAACAAGUUUUUCAAAUUAAUUUACACGUCAGGUAUUAUUUGCAGUUACAGUGUUGGGAAUCCACGUAUACACACAGUGAAUCAUGGUGGUCGCGAAAAAAUUAGCCAUCUCUGUUGCUACAGUCCUAUGCAUUAUAUUCCAAAUCACAAACAUCGCACAGGCUAUUUCCUACGAUGACUUUCUGCAGAGCAUAGACGAUGCUGUGGCAAGUGAAAUGAAAAGUGACGGGUUUAAAGCGUCAAAGUUACCAGCCGAAGUUCUACAACUACUGAAGGAAGAACUGUUCGAGAAUCGAGUGCUUAAGAAAUUUGCAGACACUUCAAAGGCCGAAUUGACAAAGCUACUCAUCGCAGACAUGAAGUCUCGCAAAGAGUAUUACAAAACGAACAAAAAGAUCUUCAAAUCUUUCAUUAUAAAAGCCAUGGAAGCAGAUUUGAAGAACUACCCGGACGAAGACUCUGGCCUGAAUGCCGCUGAUAUUCGCUUUCUCUCACUAAUGACCACAGAGGCUGUAGAUGAUAUUAUCGAAGAAGUAAUCGUCAAGAAAAACGCUCCCCAAGACAACAAUUGGAAUGUGUUCACAUUAUUGGAUACGUUUAGAACCGUGUACUAUUACUGCAAGUAUCCGCAAGAAAUGGCUCCACUGCUAACCGAUCGAAUGCAUGUCGCAGUUAAGGAUUGGUUGGAUUCAACGGCUACGUGGGGCUCGUGGGGAUUUGAAAAUGCGGCUGGUGAUGGAAGUGAAGGUAUUAGCGAUUUGAAGCUUGAAUUGUAAUAAACGUUUUGCGGCGAUA